AUGGGAAAGGCCAAACGACAUGCACGAAAGCAUUCAAAUCAUCAUGACAAUCCCAAAUCCACCAAGACGGCAGUGACCAGAAGACAACACAGCCAAAGAGCACCGCAUUCAACAAAGAAAGCGGUAUCAUCACGUGAGAAGGGUGGCCCGGCAAAGGCUCGUUUGAAGGUGCCUUUUGCAAGGUGGGAUCACGUUCUUCUUGUUGGUGAAGGCGACUUCUCUUUCUCCCUGUCUCUUAUGCGCCAUCAUAGAGUUGGAGAGAUAACCACAACAUGCUAUGACUCGAGGGAGGCCCUUGAGAGCAAAUAUCCCAAUGUGCCGAAGACUAUACAACAGCUUCAGGGGACAGCUGGACUGUGUGCGACACAGCCAGAUUGCUCCCAGUCUAGAGUUGAUGAACAGCAGGCACAUGAGGACCAAUGGGAAGGGUUUUCUCCAUCACCACCCCAUUCGGCAGCCACUCUAGACUGUCAGGGCAGGAAAGGGGAUUUAGUUCAUAUCCUUUACGGCAUCGAUGCGACCAAGCUGUCCUCGGCACACAAGAAGGCUCUGCGGCCGUAUUCGCCGUUUACAAAGAUUGUGUUCAAUUUUCCCCAUGUUGGUGGUCUGAGCACCGAUGUCAACAGGCAAGUCCGCUACAAUCAAGAGCUUCUCGUUGGCUUCUUCAAGUCAGCGAAAGCGCUGUUAUCCUCUCCGCCUAAUCCAGCACGAGUGACGAAGCCACCGGACGAUGAUUCUUCUGACUUCAAUGACGACUCGAAUGCUUCUGACGAUGAGCGUCCACAACCCGGGGCUGUCUACGGCCAAAUACUUGUCACGCUAUUUGAGGGGGAACCAUACACGCUCUGGAAUAUCCGGGAUCUUGCUCGGCAUUGUGGGUUGAAGGUUGUGGAAAGCUUCAAGUUUCCGUGGGCUGCAUACCCGGGCUAUCAGCAUGCGAGGACGGUUGGAGAUAUCGUGUCUGGCAAAGACCGCAGUGACGAGGGGAAAAGGAAGGGCGCUUGGAGGGGAGAAGAGCGAGAUGCAAGAUGUUAUGUCCUAGCAGAACAGGGUGCGGAAGCGGACGUUCUACUUUCACAGAAACAGAAGAAGAAUCAACGGAAGCACAGCGAUGAAGAGGAGGAUAGUGAUUGA